CGGGGAUUGGGCAGCGCCAGGCGUGGGCGGGGUGUGGGCGUGGCCUGGCAGCGUCCGGCCCAGGCGAGGUGAAACUGCGGGAGUUCCGGCGGGAGGCCCGUGCUGACGGCCUGCACCUUCACCAUGGCCUCGGCCGAGCUGGAUUACAGCAUCGAGAUCCCGGAUCAGCCCUGCUGGAACCAGAGUAUGGAAGGGGACUCGAGAGAGAACCCCAGCCAAGAUGGGAAGGAGGCCAGGAAGCGACUUCCUGUGGUGAUUCUCUUGGGCUGGGGUGGCUGCAGAGACAAGAACCUGGCCAAGUACAGUGCCAUCUACCAUAAGAGGGGCUGCAUUGUGAUCCGAUACACGGCCCCCUGGCACAUGGUCUUCUUCUCUGAGUCCUUGGGCAUCCCAUCACUUCGUGUGAUGGCCCAGAAGCUGCUCGAGCUCCUGUUUGACUACGAGAUUGAGCGGGAGCCCCUGCUCUUCCAUGUCUUCAGCAACGCUGGCGUCAUGCUCUAUCGCUACGUGCUAGAGCUCCUACAGACCCAUCAGCGCUUCGGCCACCUGCAGGUCGUGGGCACCAUCUUUGACAGUGGUCCCGGUGAUAGCAACCUGGUAGGGGCCCUGAGGGCCCUGGCAACCAUCCUGGAGCGCCGGCCCGCUGUGCUGCGCCUGUUGCUUGUGGUGGCCUUUGCCCUGGUGGUAGUCCUGUUCCACUUCCUGCUGGCUCCGUUCACUGCCCUCUUCCACACCCACUUCUAUGACAGGCUGCAGGACUCGGGCUCCCACUGGCCUGAGCUCUACCUCUACUCCAGAGCGGAUCGGGUGGUCUCAGCCAGGGAUGUGGAGCGCAUGGUGGAGGCACGCCUGGCUCACCAGGUCCUGGUGCGCUCGGUGGACUUUGUGUCGUCUGCACAUGUCAGCCACCUCCGUGACUAUCCUACUUACUAUACAAGUCUGUGUGUUGACUUCAUGCAUAACUGUGUCCAGGGCUGACCAGAAAUAAACGCCGGGAACAUCCCUUCAACCUACAUCUGUCCUGGGGGACUGCUACCCCGGCUGCUCCCACAGAUCCAGGGGUGGGAGUGCCAGGGCAAGUUUCUGUGGGGCAGCCUUGCAGUUAUUUGGACAAGUACAAUGUUCUUAUGGUGUUCGGCCUAUAAAAGGUUAACAG